AUGGCGACGAUAAACGGAGUGGACUACUCGGUCAUCAACCCCGCCAAUAAGUGGCGCAUGUUGAGAGAGCUGUGGCGCUUCGCGUUGUGGUCUCUCUGGAUAUCCAGCGGCGUGGUCAUGCAGGGCUACGAUAUCGUCGGGGGUGGCCAGUUGGCUGCCUUGCCCGAGUUCCAGAAGAAAUUCGGCAUUUUGGAGGCGGACGGCAGUUACUUGAUUCCGGCUCGUUAUCUUUCCGCGUGGAGUUCAAUUGCACCAGCUUGUGAGAUCGUCUCGACAUUCAUCUUUGCGCCGCUGCUGGAGAGGUUUGGGCGUAAGCCGGGGAUUCUGGCGGCUGCAGUCAUCUCUGCUGCAGGUAUCCUUCUCCAGCAGCUGGCGGGUAAUUGGCGAGUGCAUCUUGCUGGUCGUGGAAUUAAUGGUAUCGCCAUCGGGAUGAUGUUCACGAUCUCCCCUCUGUGGAUUGGAGAGACCUGUCGGCCCGAGCUUCGAGGAUUCUUUCUCUGCUUCUUCAAUACGAGCAUUGUCUUCGGGCAGUUCGCAAUGCAAGCAACCAUCGCCACUAUCACGUCGGACUUGGCUAAUCGAGUUAUUCUUAUAUCCGGGUGGCUGUUCUUCCCAGAAUCGCCCUAUUGGCUAAUUCGCCAGGGCAAAACCGCUCGGGGCAGACAAUCUCUCAAGGUUGUGUACGGGUUCACGGAGGAAUCAUUCUACGAUACCGAGAUCAGUCGCAUGCAAGAGGAAAUCCGUUUGGCAAGGGACCUCCAGGGCGACAUCGAUGCCAGACACAGUGGCCGAGUCUGUGGCAUCAACUUCUCCGCUGAGGCCGAGUGCUUCCGGGGCGUCAAUCUCAAACGAACUGUGACGGCUAUCUUCGCAGCCAGCGCUCAACAAAUGAUCGGUGCGACUUUCGUCAUCGGCUACGCGACAUACUUUCUCGACCUCAUCGGCGUCAAAGACUACUUCGACGCCUCGGUGGUUUUGUACGUGGUCAUGCUCCUCGCGAGUAUGACUGCGUUCCCGCUCACCGAGAUUGUCGGCCGUCGCACUCUGAUUGUCUGGCCUCAGUUUGCCCUCUGCUUUAUGCUUCUCCUCAUCGGGAUCAUGGGUUGUGUCCCGGACCGUGCCAAAGCGAGCUGGGGCAUUGUUGCCUUCAUCUAUGUCUGGGCAAUCAUUUACCAGCUUUCCAUCGGAGCUACAGGCUUUGUGCUCGCAUCGGAAAUCGCCACCCUGCGGCUUCGCGGUGCUACCCAGGGCCUGGUCACCAUCUCGAACGCGGUAUGGGGGCUCAUCAUGCAGUUCACUAUCCCUUACAUGAUUAACCCUGACGCCGGAAACCUCGGAGGGAAGGUAGGAUUCGUGUUCUUGGGCACCGGCUUGAUUGCUGCCGUUGGAGGAUUCUUCCUGUACCCUGAAACCAAGGGAAUCCCAUUCGAGAAACUUGACGAACUAUUCGCUUUGAAGGUGAAACCACGCCACUUCAAGCAAAUGGCGCAGGAGACUGCGUCCAUUGCGGUAGGCGAGGGGAAAGUAGACACGCAUGGCGUUCAUAUUGAGCAAAUUGCGGACUAG